UUAUGUUCAGUUUGUUAUAAUUAGGUUACUUCAAUUAAAAGAAGUUAUUCAUUUUCUGAAGAGGUUGCUGAGAAAAAUGUUAUCUAUUUUCUUUGCUAGAUAUAUUUUCAAAGACAUAUUAAAAAUGAUUUGUUUAAAAAAAAACUAUUAUCUACUUUCUUUGUUUCAGUAAAUCUUCAUCUAUUUUUUUUUUGAAUAAUUCAGACAUUUUUUGAAGUGAAAAGUUCUUUGUACAAUUCUCGCUACUGUCAUAUUAUCAAUAAAUAUAUUUGUAUUUGAUUACUUGUCAGCCAAUCUAAGAUAAGAAAAAGAAAGAAAAAAAGAUAAUAGCUUGAUCAUAUUGAAAUAUAUGUACUAUCUUGACCACAUAAAAAUAGCUUCAAAUAUUUGAGAGGUUUUAAAAUCCAAGAUUCUCAAAAUAUCUGGCAUAUGUGUCCAACUUGCAAGGGAUAUAAAUGAUGUCAUUGUUGUACUUGAAAGGCAGAAAUCCAAAGGACUCCUAUACACACAAAUUGUAAGAUUUGAUCAAAUGACGCGAUGUGUUUUCUUUCUUCCGUCUGUCUAAGUAAACUUCAUCGGACUUGGUCAUGUUAUGUUGGCACGAAUGAACAAGGCGACAAAAAAGAAAAAAAGACAUGUUGUUGACACGAGAGAAAUAAUUGUCGGGCUUUGCAAGUUAAAACAGGCCCAUUCAAAGAAACCAGUAAGACCCAACUACGACCAGAAGAAAGAAAAAAAUCAGCCUGUUGAGUUGACAAAUCGUUUUAGUCGCCUACUUACAAUCAUUUGAAUUCUAGAAGAAUCAUAAAAAAAAUAAAGACAUUGAGUGGCACGCACGUUCCACUUCUCUAUCACAAAAACGUGAGAGAGACAAACAACAUUACAAAACAUGAGAGCUUCUUGGUCGCCGAUCAUAUCCGAGUAGUUAGGAGUUUUGAAUGGUUGUUUGUCUGAAAUAAUGGGUUGUAUUUGCGCUACCGCGCGUUCUCCAAACGCCGCCGUUGCCAACACUGACCUAUUGGAUUCAAGCAAAUCCAUCCUUCAACUUCUCCCUCCUCCUUCGUCCUCUUCAUCUAAAACGGAAGGAUCUUUCACACGUCCAAACUCUUCAGCUUCCAUCACCGUCGUGGCUAAUGGUUAUCCAGUGGCACGCCGUCCCUCCACCUCAUCUGAUCGAAACAGCAAUAACCCAGUAGUUAUUGUCGGAGCUCCAACCAGGAGAGUUACGGCUAUGCCGGUGGGGCAGCCUAAGCAGAAGUCAGAGAGUUUGACUCUGGAUAAAGCAGAAUCCACUAGCGGAGAAUGGCCAUCUUGGUUGGCUUCUGUCGCCGGAGAAGCCAUCAAGGGAUGGACCCCUCGCUCCGCAGAUUCCUAUGAGAAGUUAGACAAAAUUGGACAGGGGACAUACAGCAGCGUGUACAAAGCCAGAGACCUUGAAACAGGAAAGAUUGUGGCGAUGAAGAAGGUUCGGUUUGUUAACAUGGAUCCAGAGAGUGUUCGGUUUAUGGCCAGGGAGAUUCUCAUUCUUCGUAAGCUUGACCAUCCUAAUGUCAUGAAGCUUGAAGGUCUAGUCACCUCUAGACUCUCAGGUAGUCUCUACCUUGUCUUUGAGUACAUGGAACACGACCUCGCUGGUCUAGCCGCAACUCCUGGAAUCAAAUUCUCUGAAACUCAGAUCAAAUGUUAUAUGCAACAGCUGUUUCGUGGUCUUGAACAUUGCCACAGACGAGGAAUCCUCCACCGUGAUAUCAAGGGAUCUAAUCUCUUGAUUAAUAACGAAGGUGUUCUGAAGAUUGGUGACUUCGGUUUGGCUAAUUUUUACCGGGGUGAUGGAGAUCUCCAGCUGACAAGUCGCGUUGUAACAUUAUGGUACAGAGCGCCUGAGCUGCUGCUUGGUGCAACUGAGUAUGGACCAGCCAUAGACCUCUGGAGUGCCGGUUGCAUUCUCACUGAGCUCUUUGCUGGAAAGCCUAUCAUGCCAGGACGCACAGAAGUGGAGCAGAUGCACAAGAUCUUUAAGCUAUGUGGUUCACCCUCAGAAGAUUACUGGAGAAGAGAAACUCUACCACUUGCAACAAGCUUUAAACCAAGUCACCCUUACAAGGCUGUUCUUGGUGAGACCUUCGGUCAUUUCCCUGCAUCAGCUCUGGCACUUAUAAACAAGCUACUAGCAAUAGAACCUGAGAAACGUGGAUCAGCUGCUUCUGCAUUGAGGAGCGAGUUCUUCACCACGGAGCCACUCCCUGCUAAUCCAUCAAGCUUACCUAGAUAUCCACCAAGCAAGGAACUUGAUGCUAAGCUUCGCAAUGAAGAAGCAAGAAAAGUAAGGGCAGAGGAUAAAAAGAGAAGAGGGGGAGAGACAGUGACAAGAGGACGGCCAAAGGAUCUUAAAACUGCGCAGACACCUGAGUUUAUGGUCGCAGGGCAGUCCAAGGUCACAUGCAUAAGCCAUAAGUUCAAAACAGACGAGGAAGGCGGCACAGGGUUUAGGAUUGAACCACCUAGAAAAGGGAUCCAACAGAACGGCUACGCUCAUGCUUCUACAGUGGUUCACCCAAGUGUUGCUGAUACGGAAUGGAACAGAGGAGGAAGCAUCAAAAGGGAAACCAAUGCAGAGCUGAAGUCAAGGGUAACACAAACAGGAGACUUGCCUGGUGAUUCUUGUAGGAGAAGUUCCAGCAGAGAUUACUCAACCGGAAACGCACCAAGGAAAAACAGGAUUCAUUACUCAGGACCAUUGAUGCCUCCUGGUGGAAAUCUUGAUGAAAUGCUCAAAGAACACGAGAAGCAGAUCCAACAAGCUGUCCGCAAAGCUCGUGUCGAAAAGUCAGGGCAACAGCAGCGUUACACAGGAAGAAAUGCUCGGUAGCUAAAAGAGAGAGUGAGAGAAAGAGAGAACAAGAAGAAAAAUUAAAAUACAUAGCAACAUGUUUUGAGGUUUCAUCAAAGCCAUAGAAACUCAUUAAGGGUUUUUGUUUUGGGCUCUUCAGUGCGUGAAGCCAGGGGUUGAUGCAAUGUAUAGACAAGUUUAUUUUUCUUAGGCCAACGAGAUUGACCACACAAAAUGUCAAACUUCCUUUUGUACAUAUACACACAAGGUUUCGGUUGACUUGAGAGUCAAGCAAACAUGUGUUUGCAAGCAAAACCAAAAUAACUCAAAGAAAUGUGCUACUCAAUUUUGAAAUAGUAUUUCUAAGUGACAACAAUUCCGCAUAUCAUGCUAAA